AUGAACUUCUUUGCACACAUCCAGAGAAUACUCCUGAGAAAGCGGCUGGUCUCUGGCAAGCAGCAGAAAAAAGAAUACCACAUUGAAGGCGUGCGCGUGCUGGGGGCCGUGAAGAAAACUCUUUGGAAAAAAGCUGAAAAGGAGGAGGUGGAGAAGGCUUCUUCCUUGUACAUGCAGGCCAUAGACAAAAUGCAGAGCGGCUCCUCGCAGAAGGAGGACCUUUUUUCCCUGUUCUCCUCUCUCUUCGUGCAGCUCGACGCUCUGUCCUCUCGCGUCCCUGCAGAGUGCGCGCAGUCCAUUGCAAGCGUGCGGAAGGAGGCCGAGCCUCUCCUCAUGCAGCACAUGUAUGCGCAUGUCGAAAGCGCAAGCGCGCAGGAGGGCGCUGUGCAAAGCAGCUCCUUUGUGUCUGCGCUGUCCCUGGCCUCGAGCACAAGCCAGGCUCUGCUGAAAAUAAGGUACCUUGCGCAGCGCGCCCAGAAGAUACAAAAAGCCAUUCCCACGGAGGCCGAGGUGUUUUUAGAGGUGUUAGAAAAUGAGUGCCACAAAUACUGCGUUUUGUUUGGCGUCGCAAGCGUUCUCCAGGAGAGCCCUUUGACGAUAGAGGGGUUUAUUUUUUCUGUGUUCCGAGGUAGCCCAUGGAAUUCGAAAAGCCAAAAUAAAAAAAUUCGAGAAUGUAUAGAAAAAAGGGCUUCUGGUGACGCAGCCCGCAUUCUGCGAAGGUACACCUAA